GCGCUGUCUGUCUCUAGGAGCCCGCGGGAGCCGGGUGCCUCCGGGUGGGGGGUGGGGAGGUGGUUUCGUGAGGAGAAUUUGAGUUUUAAAAGUUAUAAGACAUAAUUAUGAGUGACCAAAUCAAAUUCAUUGUGGACAAUCUCAAUAAGGAACCUUUUAAGAAGAAUUAUAAUUUAAUCACAUUUGAUUCUCUGGAACCAAUGCAACUAUUGCAAGUUCUCAAUGAUGUUCUGGCUGAGAUUGACCCAAAGCAAGUUGUUGAUAUCAGAGAGGAGAUGCCAGAGCAGACAGCAAAACGGAUGUUGAGCCUUCUUGGUAUCCUUAAGUACAAACCUCCAGGAAAUGCUACAGACAUGAGUACUUUUCGUCAGGGCUUGGUGAUUGGUAGUAAACCUGUUAUUUACCCAGUACUCCACUGGCUUCUUCAGAGGACUAAUGAACUGAAGAAAAGAGCAUAUUUAGCUCGGUUUCUAAUAAAACUUGAGGUGCCAAGUGAGUUUCUUCAGGAUGAAACAGUGGCUGACACGAACAAACAGUAUGAAGAGUUGAUGGAAGCUUUUAAAACUUUGCAUAAAGAAUGUGAGCAACUCAAGACAUCUGGAUUUUCUACAGCAGAAAUAAGAAGGGAUAUUAAUGCAAUGGAGGAAGAAAAAGAUCAGCUUAUUAAGAGGGUUGAACGUUUGAAGAAAAGGGUGGAGACAGUUCAGAAUCAUCAGCAGAUGCUUAAAAUAGCAAGGCAGCUUCGAGUUGAGAAAGAGAGAGAAGAAUUUCUUGCACAACAGAAACAGGAACAAAAGAAUCAGCUAUUUCACGCAGUGCAGAGAUUGCAAAGAGUACAAAACCAGCUGAAAAGUAUGCGCCAUGCUGCCGCAGAUGCAAAGCCUGAAAGUUUAAUGAAGAGGCUAGAGGAGGAGAUAAAAUUUAAUUCAUAUAUGGUAACUGAAAAAUUUCCUAAAGAAUUAGAGAACAAGAAAAAAGAACUGCAUUUUCUACAAAAAGUGGUUUCAGAGCCAGCGAUGGGCCAUUCUGAUCUUCUUGAACUUGAAUCUAAAGUAAGUGACAAUCAAUAA